GUGCGGUGCGGCUCACGUGGUCGAACCGACCGAGCCGCGCCGCCGGCACGGCACGGCCGCACCUCCACCGACCGCGGCGAGACGACGCGUCGCGACCUCCGCCUCCGCCUCCACCCGCCGCUGCUCUGCCUACUCGCCGGCCACCUCCUCACGCCGGCUCGGCUCGUCGGCCCCCCGUCUCGGGGUCGCCUGCUCUGCCCGGUGGCUACCCGCCGCCUCAUCGCCUCGGCGUCGGACAACCCCAAUCGGGGUGAUUCCGCCCCCCAUCCGAUAUCCUGCGGUAAUCGAGCUCAAGUUUCCCCCCAAUUCGACGGCGGGAGGCUGCAACCAGAGCUCAGCUCUUCCGUGCUUGGAUUGGUCAUUAUUUUUUUUUUCUGCUGUUGGGAUGAUCUGCAGGGGCUCGUUGCUGGGCGCUUCUCUCUGGCGAAUUGCGAAGGCUCGGCAUCUGCAGCUGGUUGAUCAGUAGCGAUGUCGAUGCAGAUGGAUGUGGAUGGCGAGUCGAGUGGAGCUCGAGCUCUCGGAGACAUGGGCGAUCUGGAAACAUAUGCAUUUGAGAAUGAAAGUUGUGGAAUUUGUAGAGACAUUGUCAUUGAUAGAGGAGUUCUGGAUUGCUGUCAACACUGGUUUUGCUAUACAUGCAUUGACAACUGGUCUGCCAUCACUAAUCGCUGCCCCCUUUGCAAAAGUGAAUUUCAGCAUAUAACAUGCACGCCAGUGUAUGAUACCACUGGAGCCAAUAAUGAAGAUGAAUACUCUUUAACCAGUGGUGAUGAUGAUUGGUUGCAAGGGGAAAGCAACACUCUUUCCUUCCCAUCAUACUAUAUUGAUGCAGAAGCAGUAGUUUGUUUGGAUGAUGGUGAUUGCAAGAUUCGGAGUGGACUUGUGUCGGUGGAGGAUGAUUCAACUUUUGAUACAUCAAUUGCUUGUGACUCUUGUGAUUUAUGGUAUCAUGCUCUAUGUGUGGGUUUUAAUCCGGAAAUGGCAACAGAAGAUUCAUGGUUGUGCCCAAGAUGCGUAUCUACUGAAGUGAAACACAAGGCAGAUGCUAUCUUGAAACAAAAUUUCAGUGGGGACUGUUCAACUGGUUCUGAUAGGACAACUAUUGAUGCAUCAUUUUCUGGGAGGGUGUCCGUAUCUGUUGCUGAUGAAGGUGAAACUGCCCUUGUUGUCUCAAUGGUUGGUGUACAUUCUGAAAUUCGGGAUGGUUUGAAGACUGAACAGAAAGGGUUGAAUUCCAAUUCAUAUCCAAGCUAUUCCAAAGAUGAUCUGUUGAACGAAACUGUUGCAGAUGCCAAAAUAUUGAGGAACUCAGAUGGUUUCAGUAUAUCACACAAUAGAUACUCUGAAAUGAACCUUGUCCACACGGUUUCUUCUGAGCCAACAGAAAGGCCAUUGGAAUUUUCACCAAUACGUGAGUCAGCGCAUACGUUAUUUAGACCAGAGCAGGGUAACAUGUCAAAUGUACAGGCUCCAUCCUGUUCAUUUUCACAAACCAGCAAAGUACCUGAAAAUUCAGGAGAGGAGAAUGCAUUGUUUAGAAACAAUGCAAGAUCUACUGUCAUCGAAUCUCCACAACUUUCUUCACCAGCUGGCAAUGUGGCAAGAUCGAACGACAUAGAUAUGAUUGAUGCAGGUGAGGUUCAGCAGAUGAGAAGUGCUCCUGUCGGGCAGUUGACAUCCAUGCAUGAUGGAGAAUCUAUCAGUGACAUGGAAGAAGUUAAAUACAAGGAAUCAGGUGAUGAAAUUGGUCAUCCUGCAAAGAGAGCAAGAUCAGAAGUGCCAGAACAGGAAAUUAAUAUGAUUGGGAAUUCAGGUAUUUCUCCAACAGAUGAUCGUACUACUUCUAGUGCAGCAAAAGCUACAAUUGGUGAUACGCCAGAAUUUCUCAGAUCGGAUAAAUCUGUUCCUGAUAUAAUGAGCAUAGUUGAAGGAGAAGACUACAGCAGAGAUCCUGGUAGAGAGUUGGCAAGGCCUGUAGGAAGAAGAGCAGGAGAUAAGCCUGGCCUGAGAGUGAAAAAGAUUUUCCGGAAGGAAGAAGGAAAAAAAUCCACAGCUGUAGUUCAAAAGCUACAACAAGAGAUCAGGGAAGUAGUUAGGGACACUGGCACUACAAUACUUGAGAAGGAGAACGCUUUUGAUGAAAAACUUUUGACUGCAUUCCGCGCGGCAAUUGGAAAGCCCGCAGAUGAACCAGCGGGAAGAGCUAAUCUUUCACUCAUAAAAUCAAGGAGGGCAUUGCUUCAAAAGGGCAAGAUACGUGAGAAUCUGACCAAAAAGUUGUAUGGAUCAUCCGCUGGAAGGAGACGAAGUGCAUGGCACCGUGAUUGGGAAGUCGAAUUCUGGAAACAUCGUUGCUCUUCAGGGAUAAAUCCUGAAAAGAUCGAGACACUGCAGUCAGUACUUCAGUUACUCAAGAAAUCCUCAGAAAUGGAUAAAGAAAUUGCUCAAGAUAAGAAGGGAGUGAAUACUGACUCCAUUUUGUCCAGGGUAUAUUUGGCUGAUGCAUCAGUUGUUCCCAGGAAGGAUGAUGUAAAACCUUUAUCUGCCGUUGCAGGAUGCCCACCUAACAAUAGCAAGGCACCUAACAAACCCACACCAGGGACUGAAACAACCAAAAUCAGUUCACCCAACAGCACUGGGAAAGUGUUGAGUUCUUCAAUCAUUAGUAAAGAAGCAUCUAGCCGAAGAGAGAACAAAAAUAGUCAGGCAGCACCUAAUCAGCAGAACCAAUCUGCUGGUGAUAUCAAGCAUGACAAAAGAAAAUGGGCUCUUGAGGUCCUGGCAAGAAAAAAUGCCAUUUCUAUUACAAGCAAAGACAAAUCUGAAGUUGCUGAUGAUCUCAAGGGAAACUACCCUCUCUUAGCACAACUUCCUGUCGAUAUGAGACCACAGCUCACAACUGGCCGUCACAAUAAAGUUCCCCUUUCAGUUAGACAGGCACAACUUUACCGCAUUGUGGAGCAUUAUCUACAGAAAGCAAAUUUGUCUGUCAUUCGCAGAUGUGCAGAUACUGAAUUAGCCAUUGCUGAUGCUGUCAAUGUAGAAAAGGAUAUUUCCGAAAGGUCUAGUAGCAAAUCAGUUUAUGUGAAUCUUUGCUCUCAAGCUACUCGUCAACCUGCCAAAGGAAAAUCGGAGAAUGAUGCUUCAGACCUAAUUGAAAAAAGUGAAUCAGAGAACGGACCAUUACCACAGCAAGUUCAAACUGAAAAUACUGACAUUUGUAACAUUGAUACUGAAGAAUCUUUAAAUAGAACAGGCCACUCUGAUCUUCGUGCAAGUCCCAGACAAACUAUAAAGGGUGAAACAGGUGGAGAUCUGGUGCCAGAGAAAACUGUUGGCUUCAGCAACGUGGAAGAAGCACUCAAAAUGGCAGGCCUCUUGGACUCCCCUCCUAACAGUCCUGAGAGAAAGAACACCAUAAUUGAAGGAGGGUGCAUUGUUGAUACGGAUUCUGAACCCAGCAAAAAAUUGCAGUCAACUUCUGAUUCAAUUGUGAGGGAUAUAUCAUCGCACAAAGAUGCUGAUGAUUCCUCCAUGCUAAUUGAUCUUCAUGAUGAAAAUGGUCAAAACCUCCAUACUGUAACAUCAUCUCAGCAAUCAAAACAUACUGGUGAUGAGCAUCAGAAAUUGAUACUCGGAGAGGAAUCUACGGAUGUAACAGCAAAUAAAAUUGUCUCAGUGAACUUGGAUGAAGCUGGAUGUAGUGCGGAACACGGAAACUCAAAUGGGUCAAAUAAAGAAAUUCCAGCCGACACGAAUAUGCCUGAUGAAGGUGCUGGGCAUGUGGGGGGUGCAAAAGAGGUGAAAGUGCCAGCAAGUGAUUUGUGUAACCAUUCUUGUCAGGCAAAUAGCUCUCCGACAGAAGGUAAAAAGGACAGCAAGAUACCGAUCUUGGACUCCACCGAAGAUAGAUCCUGCAGUAACAAUGCAGAGUUGAACAAUAGACUUCCGAACAGAAACAAAUUGUCCACCGAUCCAGCCCAAAGUGGGGAUGAUUCAAAGAAGUCAGCACGGGAUCCAGAUAAUCACAAACCAGAUUCCUCUGGUUCUAUACAUAAGAAGGUUGAAAUGUUCGUGAAAGAGAACAUCAGACCACUUUGCAAGAGUGGUGUAAUUACCGUCGAGCAGUAUAGGUGGGCCGUUGCGAAAACAACAGACAAGGUCAUGAAAUACCAUUCUGACGCUAAAAAUGCAAACUUUCUGAUCAAGGAGGGCGACAAGGUGAAAAAGCUCGCCCUGCAGUAUGUUGAGGCAGCUCAGCAAAAGGUUACAUGACACAGCCGAAUCCGUACAAAUGUAGAUCGUGGUAGUUGCCAAAAUGACAAUUCAGCAAUACAUAAACUCUGCAGGGGCAUGGCCAAAUGUAAUUCGUCUUCCUAUUUUUUUUUUACAAAAAAAAAAAAAGUCGACUGGUUGUUCGAGAUUGCCAUUGCGACUUGCAAGCAGCGACUGCAUCACGGAAUCAAAGGUAAAAAAAAAAAGAUUGGAAGGGGCAAAAACCCAAAAAAUAGUUUAGACCAUAUGAAAUCUCAAAAUUGUUAGGAAGAAUUUCGAUAAA